UUCACAAAGUCUAAGCUUAUUUUCGUAGCCCUAUCUGAUCUCCCUCUCUCUCAAUCUCACAACUCUCGUCGCCGCCGCACUGCACCGCACCGCACCGCACCGCACGUAAGCACCCACGCCUUGCCUUCCAAGUGUUUGAUGAAAUGUGUGUCUUGGUGAUGAGGUUGCAAAUUGGCAGGAGAUGAAGAAGGGAGUCCAUCCACAGAAGCAAUGGAUAUCCUACGUUACACAAACGGGUAGGUUGAUGCAUGUGAUGAUGACAAAGAUACACCCUGUUGGGAAGGUUUAUCACUUCCGGGCUAAGCGUCAAAUGGCCGAGAGUUUAGGACAGAUUGCUAAGUUCAGACGCCGCUUUGGGCUAGAAAAUCCAGAGGGCAAUGAAAAAUGACAGCAUAGGGAACUUUGGUUUUUUAUUUUGUGCAAAUUGGUGGAAAAUAACUGAGAAAUUGGUGAUACUCUCAAGCAGGGUUUUUUUUUUGUAGCAUUUAAUAUCUGUAGUUUAACUGCAGAAAUCUUUCCUUCUUUAGUUCAUAUUAAGUGAUGUCUUAAGUUAGCAGUUGAUAUUUGCUGGUGGGUUUAUUCAAUGCAAGUUCAAGCUGAGGUUCUUUGUUGGCACUUCUGGAUAUUAUUGAAAGAGAUACUUUGAUGUUGGGAACUAGGUCUAGGACACACUGAUGUUUAUGUUGAAGGAUCAAAUUUCUAGUUUGAAUUGAAUAACCAUAUUGAGUGAUUGUUUUGGUCCAAGCAUAAA